CGUACCCCGAAUCUUUUCGAACCUCGAUCUGCUACCGGAAAUGACGAAAGGUCACCAACACUUGAAGAGAUAGCUGCCACACAGAAAGAAGCGACAGCUGCAGCGAAACAAUCGCUUGUGCCUGGCAUGGAGUGGGCAAAGCCUAUCCCAGUACCAGAGGCACUGGGAAUAAAGACGGCCAAAGUCGGGAAGGAUAAAAAGAGUGAAAGGUUGCGGAUAUUGAAACGAAUAGCCGAAGAAGAACAGAUGUUCGCGAGCGAAAUCCGCAACAAAGCGCUUGAACAGUUGAAAGGUCACCAACUGAACAAUGAAACAGAGAUUAUUGAAAUAUCCUCCGACGAAGCGAGUAUAACAGAAAUCGAAUGUGAGCAGAAAGCCACAACACAGGAGAAGGAGAUCAUCAAACCGCAAACGAAUCGGAGGAUAUUAACUCCAGAAGAACGAAGGGGGAGCUGCGGACACGGUUACUACGAGGACCCGUGUAGAGUGCAACCACAAUGGGAAUGCACUGAAUGUUGCCAAGAUGCCUCCCAAGAUGACCUUUCAGAAUGGCCGAGAUGUAACGCUGCAAUAGCAGAUCUUAAAGGUCAAGUCCAAAAAGAAGUGAAAAGCAUCAUGCGGACAAAUGAAAUGUGGAAACCACACAUUGAACGGUACCAUUGGAACAGAUACCGGACUUGGUUGUCAUGUGUGAAAAAUUUCAUUACGGGGAGAGGAAAAUGGCUAAACCAUUGGCAGCAACGUGCGGAUAACGGAAUCCAAGAUCCCUUUGACCCGGUAAAAACGGAACGGAAACUCGAAAGAGAGAUUGACGUAAUGAACGAAGAAGUACAGCUAUGGGAAGAAGCGAGAAUAGAACUGUUCUGGGACUUUCGCAUAAAUCAUAUGUACAAAGGUCAAGGGAGAACAGUCAUAUUCCCAACAGGACUCGGUACACCGGUUUAUGAAUCGGUGGUGGUAUUCUGUAAAGCACUCAAAGAUGAUAACUGGCAGAUAUUCGACAAAUACUGGAGGAAAUUCGAAACGGAGAUCCCAAUAUUCGACGCAAAGGAGAUGCGCGAAUUGCAAGUAACCCGGAAAAGAAGGUUACCGGGAUUAAUGGAGAAGAAAAAGGUGACCUUUGCACCAGAUCCAGAUGGAGUCGACUACCCAGAACGAGGUGGUGAUACUUGGUACAUGUACGAAACGAUUCCGAGUGAUGACUGGGUCACUGAAGAGCUGAUGGCAAAUUGUGUCUUUGUCGGUCCCAAACGGCCUAAAGGUUACGAGACGGUCCGACAGGAUGAAGUUGAUAAAGAGACUAUGAAAGAAGCGGAGAAGGAAGAAACAGCUAAAGAGACAGCUGAAGGAGGAUCGAAAGAGACGGAAGAAAGUCCAAAAUCAGCCUUCGACAUUGCACAGAUGUUAACGGACAGAGGAGAAAUGUGGAAGAAGUUCAAAGAGGAAGUUGAAAGGAUAUCGAAUGAACAGCAAAACCCAGUAACAGAAGCAAAAAACGGGGAAAGGUCACUCGAUAACGGUGAGGAAUGCCCGCCGGUCGAGUCGACCGAAAAGCCAUUAAUGAGCCUUAAAAAGAUUGACGAUUUGGAAAGGUCAAAGCAGGCAGAAGAAAGGUCAAACUCUGAUCAGUCGGAAAGGUCAUCAACGAGAAUCCGGGAAGAGGAAUUUGAUGAGAUCCCGAACUUCGAGGAUUAUAAGAAGGAAUUUGACACAAAAGAACCAGCAAUUGAAAUUGACGAAUGGGUAGAGACCAUGAAGAAGAAUUUGACCUUUGCCGAAGAAGUGGCGAGAUGUAACAUCAAAGAUGCGUACGAAAAGAACGCGGAAAUCUAUAACAAGAAGAAAUCGGAACCGAACUUCAAAGUCGGCGACCUUGUGUUGAUACGACUUCCAAAGGAUACGAAACAAGGAAAGAAAGAGAACCAAUCGGACUUCAAAUCGAAAUAUGACAAGUUCAUUCCCCCGGAGGAACGUCAUAACCCGAGAGUCCUCAUUCAGAUGAUGAAGCACGUGGUGUCCAAAGUUGCGGUCGAAGAAAACGCAUGGAUCCGUAUUAAGGUGGGCACAAAUGACGACCACUUAGCAUAUACAUACACAGUGGACGGGAAACUGCUGACGAAAGAGAGAAUUCGGCCGAAACCGACAGCAGACCCAGACCCGAGCAAGCGAACAUUAGACGAUUACGAGCCGAUCCUGAAAUAUACCGAUGGAACGUGCAGAAAAGUGACGCUGACAAUCCACUACGGCGAUGGGACAACGGAGUGUAUAACCGCGGUAAUUGUUGAUCCGAUCACAGGAGAUCCGAUUCCAUACGCUCCAUGGGACGUGUCAGAAGAAAGCGCCGAGCACGCCAAUCGGGAAGCACUUGAACAGUUGUGGAACUUAAUACCAGUAAGCCAACGUCAGGAUCCUCUAGUUCAAGCGAAUACGCUGAUCAGCAUGAUGCGACAUCGAGCGGAGAUAGACGAAGCUCAUUUCCGACUCACAAGAAAAAUGGAAAACGGAGCGUACAAGACGGUGUUUUAUGACGCAAAGAAAAACCCCUUAUGGGAGAUCGUCACACAGGGACAAACGAAAGAAACACCGCACUUGGAAGGUCAGGCCCUAGACCCGGCACAAGAAGGUGGAGCCGGAGAGAUGGCAGAGGCCUCUGUAGCCGAAAAGGCAGGAACGGAGAGUACCCGGAGACCAUCGGAACUGGAAGAAUCAGAAGAGGAGGAAGCUAACGAUGAUUCGGCAGAGGAACAGGCCGACGAAGACGACGACAGGGGCGAGGAGCACGAGGAAGAUAAACAGCCCCCAAAAGUGGUCGUCAAACCGAGGAAAGCGGCUAAACUAGAAGAGGCCAUGAACCGUGAGAAGGUCAAGAAAGGUGAAUUCCUAAAGAAACGGAAGGAAGAAGAAGAUAAGAAGAAAAAGAGUGGUGAUGAAAGCGAGAGUACGAGCGCCCGGAAGAAAAAGGGAGAAAGAAAGAAGAAAGACGAACCGUCGUCCCAUGAUGUCGAGAUAUUGGAUGAAUCAGUCGGUGAAGCGGAAGAAAGGUCAUCCGUACCUAUUAUCCCAAAGAAAUUCGUUAUCGAAUCGGCGCAUCAAAGUCAAAGGUCACCGAGCCUGAGCCGUCAACAUCCAAAGGAAAGGUCAUAG